UACCACGUGCGAUUGUGUUUCAGUAACUUGCGCAAAUCUCUCUCUGCACGACCCUCGAAGCCAAAAGCCAACACUGGUGAACCGAAGUGAUGAUGGAAGAAUAGAGAAUCCCUAACAAGAAAAGAAAAGAGAAAAAGGCAAAAAUAUCAAUCAAUUCUCUGUUCUAUUCUUUUAUAACAAAAAUAACAAGAAAAGAAAAGAGAAAAAGGAAGGAAAAUCAAUCAAUUCCCUGUUCUAUUCUUUUAUCUCUCUCUCUUUCUCUUUGCAGCACUGUAACUCGUAAGCUUUGAAAUUCUAUUCUUUGCUUUCAUACAUUCUCUUCUGUUAUUAAAGGUUCCUGCAUAAGGAAACCAACCACCCCCUCUCUCUCUCUCUCUCUCUCUCUCUCUAUUCUUCUUUUAUGGUGCUCGUGUACUUGCCAUAAUUGCUGGAAAAUGGGUGAAGAAUUGUUGGCAUUAAUCCCCUCUGGCUCUGAUAGAGCAGUUGAACAGGCAAUUGUUGCAUUAAAGAAGGGUGCUCAUCUUUUAAAAUAUGGCAGAAGAGGGAAGCCCAAAUUUUGUCCUUUCAGAUUAUCCACGGAUGAGAAAUUCUUGAUUUGGUAUACUGAUCAGGAGGAAAGACAGCUGCGAUUAAGCUCAGUUACGAAUGUUGUACGUGGGCAAACCACUAAACAACUUCAACCAGAGAGGGAAAGUCAGUGCCUUUCACUUGUCUAUGCAAAUGGUGAAUCCUCCCUUGAUCUGAUAUUCAAGGACAAAGAGCAGGCUGAGACUUGGUUUUUGGGUUUGAAAGCCGUAACAUCCAGUAGAUAUUGUAGUGGAUUUUUGAGUACUUUGAAGAAACGAAGAGGGGCACAAAGCUGCAUAAACAGUCCAGCUAGUUUUAUGAGAAGGAAACAGAUACUUUUGGAGGAGAAAAUUAGAUCUUCUCAGGUACACAGUUUAUCUGGGAGUCCACCUCAGGCAUUUUCAGCUAGAUGUACUUCGGAUGGUUUAUCUUGCUCGUCCGAUAGUUUUUACACGGAAUCAAGUCUAUCAAGCAUUCACAAUACCAUGGAUUUCUUAGCCCCAAGUUCUCCAUUUCUUCAGCAAGAAGAUCCAAAUGAGCAAGCAAUUGGUGCCAGUACAAAAAUGCGUAGUCUGUUCUCGACACAUCCUCUUGAAUCAUCUGAAUCCGGAAAUAAUAUCUUGAGGGACGUCUUAAUCUGGGGGGAGGGAGCAGGUAAAGGGUAUUUGGAAGGUGGUGGAAUGGAAUUGGAUGCUUUAUUGCCCAAAGUUCUUGAAUCGACCAUGAUGUUUGAUCUCUCUUCCAUAUCUCUAGGAAGGAAGCAUGCUGCAUUAGUAACCAAGCAGGGCGAAGUAUUUUGCUGGGGUGAAGGAAGAAGGGGAAGACUUGGACUUAAAGUUGAUAUCGAUAUUACCUGCCCGAAGAUUGUUGACUCCCUUAAUGGCAUCCAUGUCAACUCUGUUGCUUGUGGUGAGUACCAAACAUGUGCUAUAACAUCUUCAGGUGAGUUGUACACAUGGGGCGACAAUUAUAGUACUGAUCUAACACACGAACAUAAUAUGAGAAGCCCUUGGCUGCCUCAAAGAUUUGAUGGUUCUCUAGAUGGCGUAACUGUAUCUCAUGUUGCUUGUGGAGAAUGGCAUACAGCAAUUGUGUCCACAUCCGGGAAAUUAUUUACAUACGGAGAUGGGACAUUUGGAGUCCUUGGCCAUGGAAAUCCCCAAAGUGUGUCUCAUCCUAAGGAAGUUGAAUCACUCAAGGGACUACGGGUAAAGACUGUGGCAUGUGGACCAUGGCACACAGCUGCCAUAGUUGAAAUCAUGGUUGAUCAUUCCAAAUUUAAUAAUCCAGUCGGAAAAUUGUUUACAUGGGGAGACGCUGAUAAAGGAAGGCUUGGUCACUUUGAUCAAGAGAGAAAACUCCGGCCAACUUGUAUAGCAGAAUUGGUGGAUCAUGAUUUUGUUCAAGUAUCUUGUGGCCAGACUCUUACAGUAGGAUUAACCAGUACCGGUAAAGUUUAUACAAUGGGAAGUGCAGCACAUGGCCAACUCGGGAAUCCACAAUCCAGGGACAAGUCAAUAGUAGCUGUACGAGGGAAAUUUUCUGACGAGUUUGUCAGAGAAAUCUCUUCAGGAUCUUAUCAUAUUGCUGCCUUAACAUCCACGGGAAACGUUUAUACUUGGGGAAAAGGGGAACACGGACAGUUAGGAUUGGGCGAUAUCAAAGAUCGAAAUUCGCCAACUCUGGUCGAGGCCCUGAGGGGAAGACAGGUAGAACAUAUUUUAUGCGGACCAAGUUCUACAGCUGCAAUUUGCUUACACAAAUCAGUAUCUAGUACUGACCAGUUGGCUUGCAAAGGAUGCAGCAUGGCUUUUGGGUUCACAAGGAAGAAGCAUAACUGUUACAAUUGUGGUCUUUUAUUCUGUCGAGCAUGCACCAACAAAAAAUCUAUGAAUGCGUCCCUUGCACCAAGUAGGAACAAGCCGUUUCGAGUCUGUCAUCAAUGCUUUAAUCAGAUUUGCAGAGCUUUAGAUCCAGGUAGUCAUUUCAAGUUUGGAACAAACAGCCCAAGACCAUUAUUUACGUCUGAGAAGGCAUACCACGACAAGAAAGAAGCAUUAUGCCAGACGACAUCAGCAAGAAACUAUUCUGAUGAGGGCAGCCAAUGCCAUGAGAGGAAAAAUUUCAGUAACACCAUUUCUUUGGUGAAUGAGUUACCCAGAUGGGGGCAAGUUUCAUGUCCUGAAGUUUUCAAGAAAAGAUCUGGGGACCACAUGAUUACCCAAAUUUAUCCUUCAAGACAUCAAUUAUCUUCUCAAUCUCCAACAAUAACUUGUUGCAAUCGGAGAAGUUCCUCAUUGAAGAAAUUGAAAAGCUUAAAAGUCAGAUAUGAGAGACGAAGAUAUAUACAUUCAUUCCAGAUUCUUGCAAUGUCCGAGAAGUUUUCUUCUGCAAGAGUUGAAGAAGAUCUACCUAUUGCUGUUCUUGCUUGCAUGCCCCAUGAGGUUGAGCAACCAGAAGAUAAACAUUUCGAGUCUCUUUCUAGUUCACCUAUUGUCUUCUCAAACAAAUUAAGAUAUUUAUGUAAUGGAGAUUCCCAUGAUGGAAUUCGAUCACUAAGAGAAUCUUGUGCUGGAAGAGAUUCUGAAAAAACUGGAGUCGAACCCCUGAAGGUUGAAUGGGUAGAACAAUAUCAACCUGGUGUCUACAUCACAUUUGUGACUUUGCCAAAUGGACAAACAGGCCUCAAAAGAGUCAGGUUCAGCCGGAAAAAGUUCGCUGAAAACGAAGCAAAGAGAUGGUGGGACGAAAACCAGCNUUUUUUUUUUUUUAAUAAAGCUGAAAAUCUACAAAAGCUAUACCGGAUAAGAAAGGAGAAAAUUAAAGAAAAUCGACAGAAGACUGAGGAAGCUUGGUCACUUGCAAAAGAGGAAGCUGCCAAGAGUAAAGCAGCCAAGGAAGUCAUACAAGCUUUGACGUCAAGG